AUGUUCCGCAGGGGAACCACCCAAAGCAUGAGCCAACUUAAAAGACUCAUUCGAGGGAGAGGCGUAAAAACAUCUGUCAGACAUCUCACCUAUGAGCACUUCAUCUUCAACUUUGAUGAUGUAGAAAAUUUAAAAAAUUUAAAAAAGAUAAAAGAAAUAAGCGCAGAACCGUUGGUGGUACCAACACAAACCAAGAAGGACAAAUAUGAACACAUUUUAGAUCAAAGUAAAUUAAAAAAAACAAGAAAAUUGCUCAUUUUGGUUCGCAAAAAAUUGAUAAACUAUGACCAAACCCCUCUGAAUAGGUUCUACUUCAUAUUCUAUAAAAAUGUGGACUGUCUCUCCGAGGCCGAAGUGAUCGAUUUGGUGUAUUUGGCCGUGCGAAACAGGAAGUAUUAUGCACAUAAAGGGGAUGUACAGAGCGGCUUCGACACUGAGGCUGGUGGUGUCUAUGAUGGGGGGAACAAUUCCAUCAUCGGGAAGGGAAAUCACUUUAUCAAAAACGACGUAGAAGACAUUUCUGAUCAUGUCCACACCAAUGUAAGCGAUGCGAACGAUAUCGCCAUACAUACCUGGAAGAACGAGCAUCUCGGGGGGGACAAUCAGGAAGCGAAUGAAGGCUGUGCACCAAGAGGGGAAGACCCCGAAUGGGGUUACGAAGCAAAUAAUGAUGAAAGUUCUCGUCUGAAAUGCAAACAGGGGGGCUCCAUUGCACAAAAUGGGACUGCCAAUUGGUUGGUGCCUCUGGAGGAGGAUGGGAUGGAUUCCAGAAAAGAUCAUAAGAACAAUCAAAAAAGUACCAAUUCUAAGCGUCGAAAUGUCGAUUACGUGCUGAGGCUCCUGUCCUCAUUGUGGAACUCUCUAAGGGAAAGAAAAACUGUCAUGGAAGACAAGAUCACCUUGCUGGACGUGUACAAAUUGUCGUACUGUUUGCGCCACUACAGAAUGGUAGAGUGGGACAGUUUCAUAGUCACGUAUAUCUGUGCUUUCCUAAAAAAAGAAAUCAAUCACAUAAAUCAAAACAGGAGCGACUACGAAAUAAGAGACGACGAGCAGCUGAACAUUCUGCUAAACGUUCUCAUCAUACAUUACAAAAAAUUGAAGGGGCAUUUUUUUAACCUUCUAUAUGACUACCUAUUUGCGGUGUGCAAAAGGGGAAUCUUCAGUCUUUCCUGCAAGAAUAUCUGCCUCCUACUACAAGUGAAUAAUUUCCAGGUGAAUAAAUACGAUCCCUUUUUUCUUUCCCUGCUUGGGGGAGAAGCAACCACGUCCGUGACAACACCGCGCAGGAUGGAAGGCGAAAUGGUGAACACUUCGGCGACAACUGCCUCGCUAACCCUGGUGGACGUGAACUACCUGCUGUUUUAUCAACUGAAGAACGGCGCAAUGAGGGACACCCCCCGAUUUGAUUUACUCACGGACAGUCUCGCCAACACACCCGAAGUGACUUGGCAAAAGGUUCAAAAUGUACACCUCCUAUCUUUGCUACUGCUCCGCUAUGAAUACUCCAAAAGGUACGCCAUUGAAACGUACGACAAAUUUGUGGAAAUAGUUUAUCAUAUGUAUUCUUACGUGAGGAGGAAUAUGAAUACCUUAUUAGGGAAUAAAAAAAAAAGAGAAAACAUUUUGAAUGUACGCUUUUUAAAAACCUUUUCGCUAGCUCUAUCUCUGAUAGGAAACAACCUCCAAGUGAAUGAUGAGUUGUGCCUGUUCGUAGUUUACCUUCUAACCAAUCCGAAGCAGACAAUGACCAUCGAGGACUACAUAUAUUUGUUAAAAAUCUCCCAUUUUUAUAACUUCCAAAAGGAGCUCUAUUUUAGCAGGAGCGCUCUCUACUGUGAAGACAAGACGUUGUUCUACAUCUAUCACGGUGGUGGUGGGGACCAGCAGGGGUACCUCCCCCUCAACUGGGAACGAUUGUCAAGUUACAUUUACGAAUGCCUAAAGGUGAUAUAUUCCUUUGAAGAGGAAGGAAGAACUUGGAUAAAGAACCCGGCAAGGGAUCUCGAGACAGAAAGGCAGAUCGUAGGCACGUCCGACGGGAUAGCCAUGAAAAAGGAACCGCAUGUGGAUCUCCCACCCAUAGCAGACAUGAUUGAACCUGCCGCAAUUACAGAGGUACCCCGACUAGAUGGGGACCUCAAAACGUACCUUCUGAAAGGGCACCCAAAGGAUGGGCAAACCGGCGCCGUUGAAAACGCUUUUCGAGUGAAACCACCCGCACAGUGCCUAAACGAACAGAAGGCGGCAAAGAAGAACAAAAGCUACUACAUGCAUAUUUUAGACAUCUUACCAUCGAUGCAGAACGACCCCAGUGACAAACCUUUUUAUAAACACCUGCUGCGAUUAUUCCAAAGAGACGUGGGCCUCUUUUACCUACACGUGUUCGAUAUAGACAAGAUCCUAUUUACGUAUAGUCUCCUCAACAUAAAAAAAGAGGACCUCGCUUUGAAUACUCUAGACUUACUAGAAAGGGUGAAAGAAAAUAUUAUCAGGAAGGAUCACCCCUUGGAAAAAGAAACGUACCUUCUUCAUUCUCUCUGCAACAUACUUCUGACGAUGGCUGAAUUGAACCUCCUUCCAAUCCUGGACAUGAAAAUUUUCGAGAAAAAGGUCCUUACGCAUAUUCAUUUAUUAAAUGUCAGUGCUAUUCUCACUCUGAUGCAGUAUUACAUUUUGAAGGGACCAGAGACGACCGGGAUAACUACACACACAAACACUAUUGCGUUACUGGUUCUGCAUUAUGUUAAGAGGAAGUACCUUCUCUCGAGGGACGGUGCAGAUGAAGAUGCAGCCCAAUUCGAGGAUCUAAAAGGGGAUGUGAAUUAUCCCACCCUCGAGCGUUAUCUACACCAAAAGGGUAGUCGGAAGGGGAAAGGGGCCUCCACGGGGGAAUAUCAAAUGGGGGAAGAGUCCAGCCAAAAGGGAGACCCUUCUCGUGGUCCAAAAACCGAUGCCAUGCAGGACGAAAGCAUUUUUUGUGUCCCCUUUGAAAAGAUAAACGAAGACGACUUGUACGAAUUUCUCCUGCUAAGAUUUGUGUUCAUCCAUCUCGUCACCCAUACGAGCCUGUUUCACGAUAAUAUCAAAUAUCACCAUGGGGAGGAGAAACACUAUCGCGCAAUGGUGAAUAACCUUAACAGAGUUGUCCUUCACCUGAAAAGUGACUUCUCUGACAUGUUGUUGAUCGGUAUGACGGAUGGCGUCAUUGUAGACGGUGGCGAUGACGUGCGGGUUCCCCAAGAAAGGGGCCUCCCCAGUCAGAAAAAUAUCCGAAGGAACGGGAAAGAAGCAGAAAGGAGGAUUCUAUCCAACUGUGCAGCCCACGGAGUGGAAAACGAGCGCAUCGCAGAACCCCCAAACCAAAAUAACAUCCUUAGCCGUGCGAAUUUCGGCCUACUCACCAGCUACGUAAUGUUCACCCUUAAGCAUGACCUGAAUUUUCUCACGAGGGACCGGAUUUUCUACGAAGUAGUGGCCAUGCAGCAUUUGUUUGUUAAGAACUUCAAAAGCUUGUACUACAAUUAUAAAUACUCAUUUGUCUAUCGUAAAUUAAUGCUUUCAUUAAUUUUUGAUAUGAGGAGAAAAAGUUCCAUGCGGAUGAAUUGCCCUUUAGUUCCCCUCAAGAACAACCCAAAUGACAUGGAAAGAAUGCGCAUAAAUGAGUACAUACAGAUAUUAAGGCUAUUUAGUGCUCUGUGUGCAGAGGAGGGAAUGGAGGAAAACGCCUUCUACAGCUACUUAACAAAAAACUGUGUGCAAAUGUCUAGCUCGCAGCAGCCCCAGCAGUAUGACAUUAUACUGAAUCGCCACUUGAUUUACGACAUGAACAGCAGCGAAAUUGUCAACGUUCAUUUGAAUGUCCCUUUUUUUAACUACAUUAUUCCGAUGCUAAUAGAAACCAAAGCCUUUUCUGUGGCUGUGCAGGUGGUUUUCUCCCCCACGGAAAAUGUAGACACGUAUGCAACACUGUUCAACGUUAUGUGGGCGUUCUUAAAAAGUUAUAAUUAUGACGUGAUACUGAUGAAGAGAAAAGGGGAAGCGUAA